AUGCUUCCAUCGACACGCCAGUUUGUUAUUCCCGACCUGUUUGUUGCUUCUACUCAAAAUUCAUAUGAAGUUAACUCGAAUAGCAAGGUCAAUCUCCUUUUUGUUCUCGACGAGGUUAGUGACGACCAGAACGGCAAAGACGCUCGCGCGACCGGCCGAAUCUUCGUACAGGCCAUGCAAGACCCAGAUUGGGAUGAUGGCUCCGUCCUCGCGAAAAUAACUAAAGAAUUUGCAAAACGUUUUUUGCGGCUGGCUGGACCAAAAAACGCGCGAAGAUUCAGUGACCUUUGUGAACAGUACACCCAGUGCGUCGCACGCGAGGCUGAGCUUCGUGAACGAGGCGACGUCCUCGACCUCGAGUCUUUCAUACCUCAUCGACGAAACAACAGUGCCGUCCUCCUUUGUUUUGCUUUGGCAGAGUACAUCCUCGGAAUCGAUCUAGACGAUGGUGUAUAUGAAGACUCCGCGUUUAAUGACGCUUACUGGGCCGCCUGCGAUUUUGACGUUUACUCUUAUGACAUGGAACAAUCAAAAGGCCAUACUGGAAACAAUAUAGUCACCGUCCUCAUGAACGAGAAAAAUUUGACUCUCCAGCAGGCAUCGGAUUACAUCGGAGCUUAUUGCAGCAGUCUUGUUGAAAGAUAUUUGACGGCGAAAGCCCGACUCUCACCAUCACUGGGAUCAGGUCCAACUCGAUACAUUGAAGCGCUUGGAUAUUGGAUGAUAGGAAACCUAGAAAAUAAAAAUGACUCGUGUGCUUGA